AUGAGUGUGGAAUUGGCUCCCGUAGCACGACAUCCAGGCUCCGCUGAUGACCUUGGUCCUUUCCUCAAUGUUAUUACCUGGGUCCUCUUGAUUACGUCGGCGCUGGCGGUCUUGACGCGGCUGGUAACAAAACGGGCGCUGAAGAGGCGGAUAGACGUCGAUGACGCUUUGGUAGUUGGGGCCCUGAUUACGAGUAUAGGUUCUGGCGUAUCGGUAAGCUUUCAAACCGCCAAUGGACUUGGGCAAGACUUUGAAUCAUUGGCGGAAAGCCAGAUCGUGGCGUACGAAAAGAGCGAAUAUGCAACCAAGCUGCUCUACAUCGCAACCCUUGCAUUCGCAAAGUUGUCCAUCAUCUCGUUGCUCAUGAUCCUUAUAGCCUCAGAGUUACAUCGCCGGCUAGGCAUUUUUCUGUCAACAUUUAUUGCGGUGUGGGGCAUCGUGUCCGAGUUCGCAACUGCGUUCCAGUGCGGGACGCAUGAACCGUGGCGUUCGUUUCUGGGCGAGCGAAAUUGCUUCAACACCCCUGCAUUCUGGCGUGCAACAGGUGCCAUCAACAUGUUGACCGAUCUCGCACUGAUCAUGUUCCCGGUGCAUGUCAUCGUCACACUUCAAAUGAGCGCAGGGAAAAAACUCACCAUUCUCGUCUUCUUUAGUGCGCGCUCACUCGAUAUCAUAGCCACUGGCGUCCAACUCGCAUACACCCACGCCUUCUCCUCCCCAAACCCUACUCUUGCGCUUUGGAAGUGGACGCUCAUGACCCAAAUCGUCCAAUGCAUCACCAUCUUGACUUCUUGUGUCCCUUACCUCCGCCCGCUCCUUGAGUCCAUACCAUCGGGUAUGUACGGAGCCGAUGAACUCCGACGUCGAAGAACGUCAACAUCUACUCGUGACAACACACACAGCAAGAGCGAUGAAUCAUACAAACUCAGUAACACGAGCACUUGGACUGGAGGCAACAAGAGUAGAAGAAGCGACAAUGAGAGCUGCAGGAUUAAGAGAUGUGUCCCAAUACUCUCUCUAGAUUCGACAGCGCAAUCAAACUCAGCGUCGGGCAUACCUGGUGGUCCAAGUCGACUACAUGGUCAGAUAGGCGUGGCGAUUACAGCGCCUAGGGCACCGGACCACACGAAAUGGGAGACUGAGAGUACGGGGAGUCAGGCGAAGAUCAUAAAAACUACAGUUGUAAGUGCAGCGUGGGAGGAGGCAGAGACGCGGAGUAGCGAGGGGUCAGAAGAUGUGAUCACAAGGGAAAGCCCUUCGAGAAUAUAG